UGGUCACACUGCAGCCACCUCUCUUACUUCAUUUUCUCUAUGAUGAGUAAUCUGUGGGUCUUUCCACAGACUCUUUCUUUCUUCACGUCACUUCAAAGUGGUCGGUGGUUCUAGUAGGAAUAUCUGAAAAAAUCCAAAUCAUCGUCCAAAAUGAGGAUCUACAAAGACAAAUUUACUGGAGACGAAAUGUUCUCUGAUACCUACAAAAUCAAGUUGGUCGAUGGCGUAAUCUACGAGGUUUAUGGAAAGCACGUAACCCGUAAGAACGGCGAAAUCCAACUUGCUGGGGCAAACCCAUCUGCUGAAGAGGCUGAUGAAGGGACCGAGGAGGGUGCUGAAAGCGGAGUGGACAUUGUUUUGAACCACAGACUGCAGGAAUCUUAUGCUUUCCCUGACAAGAAGUCCUAUACUUUAUAUCUGAAGGAUUACAUGAAAAAAUUGAUUCCUAAAUUAGAACAAGAUGCCCCCGACCAAGUAGAUAUUUUUAAAAAUAACAUUAAUAAAACAAUGAAAGAUAUACUUUCAAGGUUUAAAGAUCUCCAAUUCUUCACUGGAGAAUCAAUGGAUAUUGAUGGUUUGGUAGGGCUUAUGGAAUAUCGUGAUAUCGACGGUGAUUCAGUGCCCGUAAUGAUGUUCUUCAAGCAAGGUCUUGAUGAAGAGAAAUUUUAAUUAAUUUAAACAAUAAUUUAUAUUUGUUCUCAACGAUAUAGCUCAAGGAAAUAAUGCGAAAUAUGCUAUUGAUUAUGAUAUUUGUUAUUAUAUUCUUGACUUCUAUUGUCCGCAUAUAAACGAACAUCGUUUACAAUCUUUUUUUAUGUAAUAUAAAAAGAUUUCCUACAGCAAA